CUCAUCCUCCCCCCAACAUGGACUUUGGGUUCAAUCUCAAGUCAGUCACCCAACUCCUCUCAGCUAACGCGCUGCUCUCGGGCUGGGGUUCGGCUGGCAGCGAGCAGCACUCGAAGUGCGCCGCUCUCAAGCAGACCCUGCGCAUCGAGAACACGACAAUCGUCGAUGCCAGGUUUCUUGCCGCCGGCUCGCGCGUGAAGGUCGGCAAGUUGUGUCCGGAGCAACAGUCCCAGAAGUUCUACGCGCCUACUUCACUCUGUCGCGUCCAGUUCGUCACUAAAACGAGCGAAUCGUCGGGCAUUCGGGCCGAGGCGUGGCUGCCGGAGGAGUGGUAUGGACGGUUUAUGGGAGUGGGAAACGGAGGCCUGGGAGGAUGCAUUGGUUAUGAUGACCUCUCGUACGGGUCUUCCUUCCAUUUCGCUUCCGUCGGCUCGAACAACGGGCAUGACGGAAAUUCUGGAGAAGACUUCCUGAACAACCCAGAGGUCAUCGAAGAUUUCGCUCAUCGUUCCAUUCACGUCGAGGCCGUCGUGGGCAAACAAAUCGUCGAAGCAUAUUACGGCCACCAGCACCAGAAAUCGUACUACCUCGGCUGCUCGACGGGAGGGAGGCAAGGAACCCAGGAAGCACUCAGAUACCCGGCCGAUUUCGACGGAAUCAUCGCCGGUGCGCCAGCAACGGACUUCAACCACCUCAUUCACUGGACGGGCAUGCUCUCCCGGCACACCGGCGCGCCGGAUCCCACAUCGCCGGCCUUCCUCUCGGCCAGCGAGUGGGAUCUCGUUUCGAAAGAAAUCCUCAAACAAUGCGAUGCGCUCGACGGAGUGGAGGACGGAAUCAUCACAGAACCGGAUACGUGUCUGUUCCGGCCCGAGGCGCUUAUCUGUCGGCCCGGCCAGAUCGACGAUUGUCUGUUUCCCGCCCAGAUCGCUGCGCUGCGUAAAAUAUACAGCCCGCUAUACUCUGAUGGGAAACUCAUCUACCCGAGAUUCGACCCGGGCGCGGAGUUGACGUACAGGCAAUUUAUCUGGGGCGGGCAGUUCCCGGAAUAUCCCCGCGACUGGUUGCAAUACGUCGUGCUGAAUCACACGACUUUCGAUUUCAGCAAGUAUGGUCCGAAACAAGGAAAGCGCAUCGAGGCAAUCAAUGCUGGGGGCAUUGCUACGUUUUCUGGUGACUUGGCGGCAUUUCGCGAUCGAGGAGGCAAGUUUUUGACAUAUCAUGGACGCAUGGAUGGACUGAUCGCUUCCGGAAACUCGAAACGGAUGUAUGAUCUCGUCUCGGCUACACUCUCCAUGCCAUCUCUCGACUCGUUCUACCGACUGUUCCUCGUGCCUGGACUGGCCCAUUGCACGGGCGGCAUUGGCUCUCCCAACUUUGGGCAGCGAAGUUACGAUGUGACCCAUGGAGUCAAUGCAAGCUCUCACAAUCUCCUCCUUGCAUUGGUCGACUGGGUCGAAAAUGGGAAGGCGCCGGACGAGAUGAUCGGCACAUCUUACGAUGGCCAGACUGAACGUGCGCAUUGUCGGUAUCCGUUCAGGAGUGUCAGGAACGCAGAGCAAACUGCGUGGAUCUGCGUUCAAUAA